CUGGGCCAUUACCGAGAUCCCUGGGACCUACUCUGAGCACGUGGCUCUCCAGGGACAUCACUUGCGAGCACUCUAUUUUGGGCAUGUUCUUAGAGUUGAAGUUCCCAGUGCCCUGGGGCCACGUGGCAGCCAAGGCCUGGGGACCCUCGGAAGGACACCCCGUGCUGUGCUUGCACGGCUGGCUGGACAACGCCAACACCUUUGACACGCUCAUUCCACUGCUCCCCAGAGAUUGCUAUUAUGUGGCAAUGGAUUUUUCUGGCCAUGGCUUGUCAUCCCACCGACCUGCGGGCUCCCCCUACCAUUUUCUGGAUUACGUGAGCGACGUGCGCCGGGUGGCAGCAGCCUUGCAGUGGAGACGGUUCACCCUGAUGGGUCACAGUAUGGGUGGGGCUGUGGCAGGAAUGUUCUGUUUCCUGUAUCCUGAGAUGGUAGAUAAGCUGAUCCUGCUGGAAAAUCUUGGAUUUCUGCUAGCUCCAGAGGACACUGAGGCGUGGCUGAAAUCUAAACGGGUGGUGAUUGACAGGUUACUGAGUCUAGAGGCAAAGCAGCAAACUCCCAAAGCACGGAGCCCCAAAGCAGCAUUGCAGAGGCUCUUAGAAGCAAACAGGCAUCUGACAGCAGAGGGUGGGGCAAUCCUGCUGCAGCGAGGAGCAACUGAGACACCCGCUGGGCUGGUGUAUAACAGAGACAUGCGAGUCCGUACGCAGAGUCGAGAGUACUUCACGGUGGAGCAGUGCGUGAAGCUCCUGCAGAAAAUUCAGGACCGCGUUCUCAUCAUUGUAGCACAAGAUGGACUCUUGGUACCGCACAAGCUGGACACCAGAAAUCACUUCGUGAAAGCCCUACGGGAGGCGUUUGAGUCCACCCUCAAAGAGCACAUCCAGCUUGUAGAGGUGCCUGGGAGUCAUUUUGUGCACCUGAAUGAGCCCGAGGUGGUGUCUGGGAUCAUCAGCAACUUCCUGACAGUGCAGAACACCAGAGCAAGGCUCUAGGAAGCCCUCGUGGCUGCGGCAAUCCUGAACAGGGAGCUAAAAAUCAGGCUCCAGAGGAAUUGGCACCAUUUCUACCUCGCAUCCCACAUCAGUUUUGUGAUACCCUUCCCUAAGCUUAGCUCACUGCAGGGUGGGAUCAUCUGCCAGG